GGGUACACUGGGGACCUUUGCGAACUACUAUGGGCGCUGGCUCUCGUACAGACUACAUGCCUCUGCCACUACCCUGAGCUGCAGCAAACCGCCUAUUCAACAAACCCGCGCCCAGAGAAUGUCUCUCAAUGCCGUCAACAUCACUUUCCUCGGGACUGCGUCGGCCCAACCGUCAUCGACACGCAAUCAUUCAUCGCUCGCGUUGCGACUGAACGGUGAUGUCUGGCUCUUUGACUGUGGGGAAGCAACCCAGCAUCGUGUGCAGAAGAGCCAAGUGAAGAUGGGCAAGAUUCAGAAGGUUUUCAUCACGCAUCUGCAUGGGGAUCAUAUAUUUGGUCUCUUACCCCUGAUGGCUGGAAGACUUAAUGGUGCAGGUGGACUGGCUGAUGGGGCGGAAGACCCUCGGUCGCAGGUGACGAUCGAUCAAGAGCCCCUUGAGAUAUACGGCCCUCUAGGCACACGGGCGUACGUCCGGAGCGGCCUGUUCUACACUCAUACUCUGCUUGGCCACCCCUACGUUGUCCAUGAGCUCCGCUUUCCGUCGGAUCCUACGGACGACUACACUGUCUUGCCCCCACAUACUGCUGAAUUGCCUGGUCGGAACAUCACAAUGGAGGACGGAGCAUGGCCAAACAUUUUCGACGACGGCGUUGUCUCCGUCUCCUCCGCGCCGAUCUUGCAUUCCAUCCCUUGCGUAGGGUACGUAGUCACAGAAGCACCAGUUCCGGGGAAGAUGGACCCCGCCAAGUACGUGCCGCAUCUCAAGCGGACAAAGACGCCUAUGUCUGCUAUGACUCGCCUCCAGCGAGGAGAGACGAUCGAACUCGCGGAUGGCUCGGUCCUGCAAGGUCCAAAGAGGAGACGAGGGCGAAAGAUCGCCAUCCUGGGCGAUACCUUCGAUCCUUCUCCCAUCGCCGGUUUGGCUGCUGGUGCCGACAUCCUGAUACAUGAAGCGACCAACGCUUAUCUCCCAGGCAUUGAUAUGGACACGAAGGAGGACGAGACGCUCGCCGGAGUUGAGGAGCGGACGAAAUCCCGUGGUCACUCGACACCACAGAUGGCGGGCAAGUUCGCUACGAAGAUCGGCGCACACAAGCUGGUGCUAAACCAUUUCUCUGCUCGAUAUCGAGGUGAUGAUGACGUCGCCGAAGAGGCAGGCCGCAUCAUGAGGGCCAUCAGAGAUCUGGCGGCAGGCGCAUUUGGUGGGGACGUUGUAUGCGCUCGCGACUUCAUGAGCUUCGAUGUCAGCAUACCGACAGUAUGA